CAUUCGAUUAAUCAUUUAAUCAACAACAAUUCAGUAUUAAGUAUUGAGCGUUGUUUCCUUCUCAUGGCAUCCUUGAAUGAAAGUAAGAAUUGUCACAUAGUGAUAGUGCCAUACCCUGGGCGAGGUCACAUCAAUCCCAUGUUCACCCUAUGCAACCAACUAACCUCUUCAUCCUCGUGUGCGCACAAUAAUGUUUCUUUCACCAUCAUACUCACAGAAGAGUGGGUUAGUUUGAUCGACCCUGUCGACAAACCGGCUAACGCCAAGUUUGCUUCUAUACCUAACGUUCUCCCCUCGGAGCAUAUCCGAGGGGGUGACAAUGAAGGCUUUCUCCAUGCUGUGUAUACUAAGAUGGAAGAGCCCGUUGAGAGAGUUUUUGACACCCUUGAAUGUAAACCUAAUGUCAUAAUUGCAGAUACUUUCCUUCCAUGGGUAAUUGGUGUUGGGAAGAAGAGAAACAUUCCAGUUGCUACUUUUUGGCCUUUGUUAGCUUGUUUGUUUCCAGCUCUUCAUCACUAUGAUCUUCUUGUGAGUAACCAACAUUAUCCUUUGGACUCCUUGAUAGGGGAAAGAGGAGAUGAGCGAGUGGAGUAUAUUCCCGGCAUUGGUCCAACACGUUUAGCCGAUCUCCCACUCGCUUUCCACUCAUACAAAAAAAGAAUGUUGGAUCUUAUGUUGGAUCAUGAAUGUCUUACAUGUCUCAGGCUGAAUUUAUCAUCCUUAGAACUCUGAACGAGCUCGAAGGGCCAGCAAUCGAAGCUAUGAAAAGCAUAUUACCGUCGACUACCUCUAUUUAUCCUAUAGGCCCUGCUAUUAUCCUCCCCAAACUAUCAAACAAUAAAGAGAAAAGCAACGAGUGCCUCGACCAUGAACCAGAUUACAUACAAUGGCUAAACUCGCAACCUGAUAAGUCUGUCUUGUACGUUUCACUAGGAAGUCAUCUCUUACCUUCAAGAGAACAAAUGGAAGAACUAGCUCUCGGACUGUGUGCUAGCGACGUAUCAUUCUUGUUCGUGGGUCGAGAUGAGACAUCGUUUUUGAAGGGUGUAUGUGGUGAUAAUCGUAAAGCCUUCAUAGUCUCAUGGUGUGAUCAAAUGAAGGUGUUAUAUCAUAAAUCUAUAGGGGGUUUUCUUAGUCAUGCUGGGUUGAAUUCUGUUUUAGAGAGUGCUUUUGCAGGUAUUCCAAUGCUGACUUUCCCUUUGUCAACUGAUCAACCUAUGUAUAGUAAGUUAAUUGUUGAGAAUUGGAAAAUUGGGUGGAGGUUAAGGGACAAAAUUGAAAAGGAUGUUCUCAUUAAAAGAGAGAAAGUUCAGGAGGUUGUGAAGAAGUUUAUGGAUUUCGAAAGCGACGAGGUUAAAGAGAUAAACAAGAAUUGCAUGGAGUUCAAGGAGGAGCUUUGGAUAGCAAUUGCUGAAGAUAGCACAGCAGAACGCAGUGUUGCGAAAUUUUUAUCAGAGAUUUCAUCAACUGAUGCUCUUAAUUAAAGUUUAAACUCAUAUCAAGCAAUUCAUGUCAAAAGGUCCAGUUACAAUUGGUCAUUCGCAACUUUCUGAUGUUUCUUUUUCUCUUGUACUAUCAGCUUAUCUUCAGCUUCGUCCUGACUCUUGAUAGAACAAGAAGUAUAAUUCUAUCA